AUGCGUGCGUGUGUGCCUGUCUAUUUUGGAAGCGUGAGUGCACUAUAUUAUAACUUUGUGGAGGACUUUGUUUCUCAUGGCAGGCCACCUCACAUUCUCUCCCCCUUUUCCCUCAUGAUAUUGUACGAGGGUAUCAUGUAUGCGUUGCUGGGCCUUUCUCUCCCUCUCGGAGUGUGUGUGUGUGUAUGUGUAUGUGAUGGUGGUACCAGUAGUGGUUGCGUCUUUCGCUUGCUUGUCUCAGGGAGUCGUCAAUCAAGACUGCACAUAGUACGGCACGAGGUCAAGAUGCAGCAGCAGCAGCAACAGUGCGACAACGCUCUCUGGGCGACGCUUGGAUUGAACUCGCUAGAUAGCACGGGGCAGCAACUCGUCACGCGACGUGUCAUCAUAGUGGGGGAUGCUCUCAGUGGAAAACGCGCCUGCAUCAGUCGGUUGUUUUCCGCUGCGAUGCAACAAAUUCCAUCUUCCUCUGUGUUAGCAUCGUCAUUGCAUAAUCAUGCCACGAGCAGUAGUCUUGUUGGUGGGACCAAUCGCCCUUUUUUACCGCAGGGACUGCGGGAGGGGUCAGAGGUAAGCCAUGGCAGCCGAAGCAGCAGCUACGCACCGGUGGUGUCGGCAACAGCAGCAGCGGAGGCAGCAGUAACCGGAGGAACGGAGGUCCCCAGCUCUUCACGGUAUUUCCCGCAAUUUCCGCACGGCGCUGGUAUUGUUCAGGCAUUUAUUUUACAACGCCUUCCUGCAAUUUGUAGUAAGUUUAUUUCCGCAGUGGAAGGUGGGUUGAACAGCAGUGGUCCGUACAGUAGUGCCAGUGGCGUUGGCGGUUCUCCGGGUCUCUCUGGCGCCGUACACCACGCAAUGACGGAGUUUUUUUGCUGUGACACACCCGGGGCCCUAGCAAUGGCGCUACCAACGGUGGAGGCGCUAGAGACAAGCGUGGUGCUUCUGGUGGUUGACACCAGUGUGCCGUGGCGUUUACAGGAGCAGCUGCGGCGGUGGUACGGGUACCUGAACACACACGUCAUACAGACACUACGCGUGGAUAUGCCAAAGCAAGAUGAGGUUCAUCGUAUGCACAUGGUUGAGCAACAGCAACACUUCUGGCAUGUACAGCAGCAGGUGCUGGGGUCAAUGCGGCGCCGAUGGUGCGAACGUGAGGCGAUCCAGCUGGGAAGGGGCGCUAGCGACAAGAGCGGUGAUGGUCACUACUCGCCAUCGCAGUUGCAGGUGCCAAAGGGUGGUGUCUCUCCACUCCGCACCAUUCUCGUCUGCACAAAGACAGAUCAACUGGAGAAAUUCUCACGGGAGGCGGGGAAGUUGUGCCAUCAAAGCUCUUUCCUCGACGCGCAGCAUUCGUCCUCGUCAGAGCGCGCGAACAGCGGCGCGGGGCCAUGGGUCUCCCGCAGUCUACUCUCCGCACUGCGCACAACCGGUCUGACGCUUCUUGAAAUUGUGGGACAGCUGCUGCGGAAGGAGGCCGUGGCGCGUCAGAGUGCCCUUGUCGCUGUGAGUAGCCGUGUGAACACGAUUGCCACAUCCUCAUCGUCGCAUCUCACAGCAGCCACAUUUUCCACGACGGCGGCAGACGCGCCAGAAGUACCGUUACCUGGCGACGACAGUUUAAGUGAAGAGGCUGGCGCGCUUGGAUCGCCUGCGAAUGGUCACAGUGUAUUUGUCCACCCCUUUUACAAAAAUCUCUGGCUGUACAUCUUUCAGUUGCUCUAUAACCCCCCAAGGACCCUCGGUGAUAGAUUGCCGCCAAUUGAGGUUCCUGCCACCCGCGACGAUGACGAUGGCGGCGAUGGCGAUGUGCCGGUGGAUUUGGCAGGUCCGGAAAGGUCGGCAGGGCUGAGGGGCGAACGGGGGCUGCUCGGGACGUAUCUCCCUGGUGAGAUGGAGUCGCAGGUCUCAUCGCGCUUUGUCCCGCACGCCUUUCUCCCGCACGGCAUGGACCACUUGGAACUACUUAGCCCCUUUGUCACCUCCACGGACGCCGUGACAUUGGAGACUGUGUUUGCCAGUGGCCCUGAUGAGACAACGGAGGCCGGGCCAAGUGCAUUGCGUCUCCAUAACGAAUACAUGCAGCAGAUAGAAACGGCGUUGGCUGCGAUUCGGCCGGAGGAAGAGGCGAUGAUUUGGGACAAGCUGCGAGAAUAG